UGGACAGCUCCCGUUACGAGUGAGCUGAAGCCCGCAAGUCCUUCUACAAGUCUUCCUGGGGAUUUCUACAGAGCAAAGCUGGGAGCAUUGCUGAUGAAGAAGAUGGAGAACUAACGGCUUUAGUUUUUUUUCUUCAGAACUUGGAAACUACCUCUGCAGUACCUGCAUUUCGUUGCUAUUGUAUCUGGAGAUUGUUUUAGGGGGGGGCACUCGGUUCCAUACGCACGGCGCUCAUGAAUUGACUUGUGCGUUGUGCGGUUUUAGAGAAGGAUUUUUGCGAUAGUGGCACGAGCGUCGCUCAGCUGCGAAGCGGAACCAUGGAGAGGUCAUUUGGAUGUAUUUGGCUGAAAAGACUUUCGGUGAUUGUCUGGUUAUGUUACCUCGCUGAAGAUUCCACAUCAUAUGGUGUGGAGACCUCCUCCUCAUCCCCCUCAGCGUCACAGGUCUUCGUGGACUUCGGCUUCGUUCUGGAACCCCAGGACACGGUGACAGUGCGGGGGGGCGUUCUCCAGCUAGACUGCGAGGCCCGGUCCGACCGGGGAAUUCCCGUCAUCGCUUGGAAGAAAGACGGGGUUCUGCUCAGCGCCGUGGUGGACGACAGGAGACAGCAACUGGCCAAUGGGUCUCUAGCAGUCCAGAACGUGGUCCACUCGCGCCACCACCGGCCCGAUGAGGGCUCCUACCAGUGCCUGGCCACGCUGGAGGGGGUCGGCGCCAUCGUCAGCCGGACAGCUAGAGUCACCGUCUCUGGGCCGCUGAAGCUGGUGGUCCCCACGGAGUCGGUGUCCUCUUACCUGGGAGACACGGCUCUGCUCCGCUGCCAGGUGACCGGAGAACCCAUGCCCGUGGUGCGCUGGCAGAAGAACCGGGAGGACCUGUCGCCCGCCUUCUUCCCUGAGAGCCGGGUGGUGGUGCUGCCCUCCGGUUCACUUCAGGUCAGCAGGGUCCAGCCGCCAGAUUCGGCCACCUACCGGUGCUUGGCGGACAACCCUGGCAGUGCCCGCACCGGGAGCGAUGCUGAUCUACGCGUGUUGCCAGAGCCUGGAACCACCAGGGGCCUUCUUUUCCUCCAGCGACCCCAGAGAGUCACUUCCCUCCUGGGGAGAGAUGCUGUGUUGGAGUGCUCUGCCUCCGGGUUCCCCACACCUGCCUUCCACUGGAUGAGAGGAGAGGAGAUGAUACAGAGCAGGUCUAAGAAAUACUCCCUGCUGGGCGGGUCUAACCUCCUGAUUAGCAGCGUAACGAGCGACGACUCUGGCUCGUAUAGCUGCGUGGCAUUUAACAAGAAUGAGAACAUCACGGCUUCCUGUGAGCUGUCUGUCCUGGUUCCACCUCAGUUCCUGAACUACCCCACUAAUUCGUAUGCGUAUGAGAGCACAGACAUUGAGCUGGAGUGUGCCGUGGAAGGGAACCCCGCUCCAACGGUUCGUUGGAUGAAGAACGGUGAAGAGGUCAUCCCCAGCGAUUACUUCCAGGUCAUUGACGGCAGUAACCUCCAGAUCCUCGGUCUGGUGAAGUCAGACGAAGGCUUCUACCAGUGUGUAGCUGAGAACGAGGCGGGGAGUGGCCAGGCGAUGGCGCAGCUCAUUCUCAGAGAGCCAGUUGUCCCCAGCUCAGGCGUCCUCCUCCCCUCUGCUCCUCGUGACGUGGCCUCUGUCCUAGUGUCCAGCCGCUUUGUCCGCCUCAGCUGGCGCCCCCCUCUGGAGGCCGGAGGAACCGUCCAGACCUACGGCAUCUACUUCUCCCAGGAGGGGGUCAACAGGGAGCGGUCUGUGAACGUGUCUGAGCCAGAGACCCUGCAGCUGACAGUCAGUAACUUGAAGCCAGAAGAGACCUACUCCUUCAGAGUGGUGGCCUACAAUGACCAGGGCCCCGGAGAGAGCUCCCAGACCCUCACACUCACCACACAACCAGAGUUGCAGGUCCCUGGUCCAGUGGAGAACCUUCAGGUGGAGUCCAUCUCUCCCACCUCCAUCCAGGCCUCCUGGGAGCCCCCAGCCUACGCCAAUGGACCCCUGCUGGGUUACCGGCUACUCUGGACCGAGACACCCUCUGGGAAGGAACAGAGUGUGGAGGUGAAUGGGCUGAGUUACAGGAUGGAGGGACUGAAGAAGUUUACUGAGUACUCCCUUCGAGUCCUGGCGCUGAACCGCUAUGGGCCCGGAGUCACCACAGAAGAUGUCAGCGUCACCACUCUGUCUGAUGUGCCAAGUGCCCCUCCACAGAACAUCACCCUGGAAGUGGUCCUGUCACGGAGCAUCAAAGUAAGCUGGCAGCCCCCACCGCCCAACAGCCAGAACGGGUUCAUCACCGGCUAUAAGCUCCGACACCGCAAGACCGGCAGACGAGGAGACCAAGAGGCCAUCGAACCCAACAACUUUUGGUACCUCUUCACAGGCCUGGAGAAAGGCAGUCAGUACAGCUUCCAGGUGGCAGCCAUGACAGCCAACGGUACGGGCCCAGCCAGCGAGUGGUUCACCGCGGAGACGCCAGAAAACGACCUUGAUGAGAGCCAAGUCCCGAACCAGCCGAGUUCCCUCCACGUUCGCCCGCUGCCCAAUAGCAUCAUCAUGAGUUGGACCCCGCCCCUCAACCCCAACAUCCUGGUACGGGGCUACAUCAUUGGCUACGGAGUAGGAAGUCCUUACGCUGAGACGGUCAGGGUGGACAACAAGCAGAGAUACUACUCCAUUGAAAAUCUUGAGCCCAGCUCCCACUAUGUGAUCUCCCUGAAAGCGUUCAACAACGCAGGAGAGGGUGUCCCUUUGUACGAGAGCGCCGUCACCCGAUCCAUAACGGACCCCAUUGACCCAUCAGACGACGACCUUUUCCAUCUGUUUGAUAAAUUCCCUACUCCCCUGCCAGAUACGUCCACCCCCAUGAUCCCCCCCGUAGGUGUGCAGGCUGUGGCUCUGUCCCCGGACUCCGUCAGGGUCAGCUGGGCUGACAACUCCAUGACCAAGAACCAGAAGACCGCUGAGGUCCGGUACUACUCAGUCAAGUGGAAAACCAGCUACUCUACUAGCGGAAAGUUUAAGUCGGCUGACACCACCGCUCUGAGCCACACCGUAACCGGCCUCAAGCCUAACACCAUGUAUGAGUUCGCCGUCAUGGUAACCAAGGGUCGCAAGUCCAGCACGUGGAGUAUGACAGCACACGCCACCACCUACGAAGCAGCUCCCAGCUCCUCCCCCAAAGACCUGACCGUCAUCAGUCGAGAGGGAAGACCCAGAGCCAUCCUCAUCAGCUGGCAGCCCCCCAUGGAGGCUAAUGGACGAAUCAUGGGCUACAUCCUUUACUACACGCUGGAUAAAAACAUGCCUAUAGACGACUGGGUGAUGGAGUCCAUUAGUGGGGACCGUCUGACUCACCAGGUGAUGGACCUCAACCUGGACACUGUCUACUACUUCAGGAUACAGGCUAAGAACGCCAAAGGGGUUGGCCCCCUGUCCGACCCUAUCCAGUUCAGGACUAUUAAAGUUGAACACCCAGACAAGAUGGCCAAUGAUCAAGGUCGCCAUGGAGAUGGAGGCUACUGGCCUUCUGACAAUAAUCUGAUUGAUAGGAGCAGUUUGAACGACAUCGGACAGAUGCGUCCUCCUCACGGCAGUGUGACACCCCAGAAGAACAGCAACCUCCUGGUCAUCAUUGUCGUCUCCGUGGGAGCUAUCACCGUGGUAGUGGUCGUCAUAGUAGCGCUCAUUUGCACCCGGCGCUCCACCGCACAACAGAGGAAGAAACGUGCCACCCACAGUGCCGGGAAGAGGAAAGGCAGUCAGAAGGACCUGAGACCUCCAGACCUGUGGAUCCACCACGAGGAGAUGGAGCUGAAGAACAUGGAGAAGCCUGUGAGCGCCGCCCCAUCUGGACACGAUUCGCCCAUCCAGGGUUCCAUCCAGGAAAUCAGGUCCCAGUCUGUCAGUCACAGCCAAUCAGAGAGUCAGAUGGGCAGCAAAAGCAGCCACUCAGGUGCGGACAAUGAUGAGGCGUCAAGCUGCAUCUCUACAUUAGAGCGCUCUCUAGCUGCUAGGAGGGCUACACGCACCAAGCUGAUGAUCCCCAUGGACUCUCAACCCAGUAACACACCUGUGGUCAGUGCCAUCCCGGUGCCAACCCUGGAGAGCAGCCAGUACCCCGGUGUCCUGCCGUCGCCCACCUGUGGGUACAGCCACAGUACGCUGACCAGCCACCCCAAGUUCACCCUGAGACCCAUGCCCUUUCCCAGCCUCACAGUGGACCGCAGCUACCACACAGCAGCAGUAUCGACGGAGGGCAGCGGUCCGCUGGUGGUUCCACAACCACCACAGCCCACUCUGAUCACCAGUGCCAGCAGCCAGCCAGGUGUCGGCGCAGUGGGAGGUGGAGGGGAGCUGUCUCUCCCAGGGACGGAGGAGGUCGGCGGCGUCUCCACGCGAACCAUCCCCACCGCCUGCGUCAGGCCCACACACCCCCUGCGGAGUUUCGCCAACCCCCUCCUGCCUCCACCCAUGGGCAACAUCGACCCCAAGGUCUACACGCCCAUGAUGCCCCAUUCAAGUGCCAGCCUCCCGAAGCCGACAGUGAAGACAGCCUCUCUGGGGCAGGCGGGCAAGGCCAGGUCCCCCUUGCUGCCCGUCUCCGUGCCCACCGCCCCAGAGAUGGGUGAGGAGGGACAGAAAUUACCAGAAGACUCAGCAAAUGUUUACGAACAAGAUGACUUGAGUGAGCAGAUGGCCAGCCUAGAGGGACUCAUGAAGCAGCUCAAUGCCAUUACGGGCUCAGCCUUUUAACCCCAGAACCAUCCAUUAGACCAACUCAGCAGCACUACAGACCCGUCCAUCAGACCAACUCAGCAGCACUACAGACCGACCAACAGCAGUACCACAGUUGUCCACCAGAGGGCAUGGCAUGUAGAUGGGGGGCACAAGGUGACAAAACCUCAAAAACACAGACACUUCUCAAUGUACCCCUCAAAAUACUGUAAUGAACCUUCCCCCCAACAGACCGCUCUCUACCCCCAAAAAAGGACCUCUGUUCUGAAAAGGAGAUUCUGAAAAGUUGAAUGAUCAGAAAAUAAUUUUCCAUGUUUUCCACAGCGGUGAUUUCCCUUUAAAUGUCACCUUUUAUGUUGAUCAAUGUAUUAUCUAUUUUUUUCACUACUGGUGUUUUGGUUUCAAAGUUGGGAACUCGUAGGCUCAAGUAUUUCAGCUGAAUCUGAAGGACCUAAAGACCGUUGACACCAAAGUUUCUCUGGAUCCUUGUUGCCUGGUGAUAAUGACAGAUAACUUUCCACAGUGACAUGGUACACAGACCCUUUCUGACCCAGUGGCUGUCCAAAUAUGUCUCAUACCCGGGUCCCUGUGAUAUGGAAGACAGCCUAGGACAUUCCACUGGCGGUGGAGAAUACGGUUUGCACUAGUGCUGAAUCAUUUCCAGACAGACCUUACAGGACCAUGUCUGAUUCCGGAAGGUUAUAUCCACUUGCCCAUCCCAGUUGCUGCUCUUCAACCAAGUCUCUGCCCUGGUCAUGUUGCUACCCUACCACAACUACAGACAGCUGCUUGGUUUUGCCAAAACGUAGCUUUGAAAUGAUCAAAAUAACCUCAAGACAUAUAACCACUCCUUCCAGUCAAGGUUUAGAUGGUCUUGGAACCUACUGGACUGAUAAUCAAGACAAUAUCUACCGGUAUUACGGGGAAUGAAAGGGUUUUGUAUGAAGAUGUGAUAUUUACUCCGGACAAUCCAUGGUGUCUGUCCGUGUUAAGAUAAUGUGUUGACAACCUUAUUUACCAUCCCAACAUGAAGCGUUCUUGUGCAUUCAAGCACAAACAUGUUUUGUUUAUCAUGGUAAUGACGGCAUUGAUGGUGUUGAUGAUGAUGACGACCCACAAACUCCUAAUUUAGGGUUUUCAGAAACAAGCAAACAGGACCUUACUUUAAUAAAUAUUGACUGACUUCAAACGUGAUUUACGAUCACCCACGGGUUGUUUUCGAUUCCAAUGCAGGGGGCCAUUUUUAUAUAACAAACAUGCAUAUUAUUCCAUAUAGUAUAUUUUUAAAUCAGCAGUUCUGUCAACAGUUGCAGUACAACUAUUUUUAAACCAAUUUAUAACACCCUUCCAGCUUGUGAUCUUGUUUCAUAUUAAGGGACUGCAUGGCCUGCUAUGCACCACAGAGGAUUGAUACAUAACCUUAAGCCUUUAAACAAAACACGGCAUCUGGAUAACAAAAAUACAUGUACAACUUACGUGAUAAAUGAAUCAUUAAUCGGCACGGAAAUAGGACAUCAAUAUUCUUGAGUUUGACUCUGGUAACCCACGGUUACUGCGCUCUCUUCAUAAUUUGCCAUGCCACUAUUUUUCCUCUGAAGAUGGAUUUUCCUAGAGAGAAAAAAGACUAUAUAGCUGCGUUGUCAUUCAAAACAUGUUGAGAAUUGAACGGAGGGGAUGAAGCGGUGAAUUCAUUAUAGUGUUUCAAAUAUCUGGAUUUAUAUUAUAUUUCUGACUGGUGCUCUGGGAAAAUGAUAACCCUAGGAAAGUAGUGGAAGUGCUGAAUAGUAUGCUAUUGAUGUCUGUGUCAGUGGGAGAUCCAAAUGGUAUAGCCAAAAAAGGCCUCUGUAAACGGUCAAAGAUCAGACCAACUCGUCACAAACAAUAUCUUUAUUUUCUUGUAAACAGACUGUCAAGUGUGCUCUUCUUUUUUGUGACACUGUUUUGUUUUUGUGAGAAAAAAAGUAUUUUAUUAAUUUGUUCUUGAGAAUUUUGUAUUAUUAUUAUUUUUUUUUUUACAUUGUUGAGAAAAACCAAGACAUUAUACGUGCCUAUACUUUUGCUUUUCCGUUCUUUGUUUUUCUCUUCGUCAGUCACUUUAUUUGUAUGGAGAUCUGUGUGAAAACGUGAAAUGUGCUUAUUCCUCUUGCCUCGCCCUAAACGCAGAGCAACAAACAAGCUGAGGUUCUGCCAAAGUAGAAUCCUCUGAAAGAGAGACAGGCAGAAACAGCUCUAUAUUUUCUUGCUGUAUGUGUGUAUUUUACCAUGGAGGAGUCCAGCUGCAGCCAGACAAAAUAAAAAUAAACCGUGUCCCGAAUGGCACCCUAUUCUCUAUACAAUACACCCCUUCUGAACUGUUCUCUGCUCAUGACUUGUGUAGUGCAGGGGAUAGAAUGCCAUUUGAGACUCACUCGUGCUUUUUUUAAUGUACAGUUCCGUAAAACAUUUAAAAGAGAAAUCGCUGAUUGACAAAUUGACUGUGGAUGCGGGGGAGGUGGGUUUGUGGGUACUUUUUACAAUCAAAUUUAAUAUAUUAUUUGGAGUGUUCCUCUUACUAUUAUUUAUAUGAAUAACAAUGGCAGUUAUCCCGGAAAAAUUUGUAUGGCUUAGGACAAAAACUGGAAAAACGUUUCAAGUCAGGUUCAUUCUGCCAUCAGCCAUGACAGGGUUACGGAAUACAUAUUAGGACAGACUUAGAGCAAGAAGGGGUUAGUCUGCUCCUUACAUGAUAGCACUUCUCAAAAAAGAAACAAACCCCCCGGGUAACUUUGAGAGGUAGUUGAAAGUUGAAAGAGUUUGAAAAUUGCCAGCUGUGCUCUGAGAUUUUCUCAGAGUGGACAGGACCCUAGAACAUGAAACACUCUCUCAUGGUGUUUUUUGGAAAAGGGAGUCGUGACUUGAGACCAUAUGGGUCAAAUGUAGUGCAUUACACAGGGAAUAGAGUUACAUUUAGGGCUCAGCCAAGGUGACCUUUAUCUAGCCAAAUGUGCUGAUGAGAGAACCUGUACAUGUGAGAAAUAAUGGGAUAUUGGGUUUUACUAAUGACAAUUCUGUAAGCCAUUAAAGGAAUGGGAGUAGCCACCAUAUGUGUCCCUCAACUCCUGUUAUGGGUGGCUGUGGUUAUAACCUGUUGUGGAAAAUAGGCUAUGGUUAUAACCUAUUAUGGAAGAUAGGAUAGGGUUAUAACCUGUUAUGGAAGAUAGUCUGUGGUUAUGACUUGUUAUGGAUAAUAGGCUAUGGUUAAAACUUGUUAUGAAUAAUAGGUUGUGGUUACAACCUAUUAUGGAUAAUAGGCUAUGGUAAUAACUUGUUAUGGAUAAUAGGCUGUGAUUAUAACUGGUUAUGGAUAAUAUGCUGUAGUUAUAGCCUGUUAAGGAUAAUAGGCUGUUGUUAUAACCUGAUAUGGAUAAUAGGCUGUGGUUACAACCUGCUAUGGAUGAUGAGCUGUGGUUAUAACCUACUAUGGAUGAUAGACUGUGGUUAUAACCCAUUAUGGAUGAUAGGCUAUGGUUAUAACUUUUAAAGGAUGAUAGGCUGUGGUAAUAAAUUGUUACGUAUGAUAUGCUAUGUUUGUACCUCAUUAUGGAUGAUAGGCUAUGGUUAUAACCUCUUAUACUGUAUAUGAUAGGAUAUGGUUGUAACUCAAAACCUGUUAUGAUGAUAGGCUAUGGUUAAAACCGGUGGUGGGUUAUUUAGGCUGUGGUAAUAACUGGUUAUGGAUAAUGUAGGCAAUGAUUCUAUGGGUUGUCUUGUGUGGGAGUCACAGACAGUCUGUGAUCUUUGAACCAGGAACUGGCUCAAUAUAUUGUCAGGACUUCCACCUAAAUUCUAGCUGACUGCGUAGACCUGGAAUGAAGGUAUAGAUAGGAACAGAUGUACGGUUGUGGUGGGAGGGCAAGGGCAGGACCUAGCGGUCAUACAUAAAACCCUACUAGUUAGAAAAGAUACGAGAAAAACCCACAGUCUUUUUACUGACUCAGCUGUGGUGAGUCUCACGCUCGGAACGGUGAAAUAUCGAGUCCUAAAUCCUGAGUAUGUAUAUGUAUUUUGAAUUGAUCCUUAAAAAUCUUCAAAUUUUAGAAUUGUUAACCAAAUUAGAUAUAGUGAUUGCAAUAUUAAAGUGUACAUUUUGUUGAUUUGAAGUAAGUGAAGAAAGGAUCAUGACAUUAUUGCGUACCGUAUUAAUAUAAACAGUAAGAAAACCUUUUCUUCUUCUGGCUGUUUCUACACACAACGUUGUAUACAAUUGCUGGUUUUGUAAUGCACUGUAGAACACGCAGUCCACUGUUCCUUUUUUUUAUAGAAAUGUUAAUUCAAUUGUGCAUUCUUUUUGUUUGAUAAAUAAAGUUUUGAUACAAAAUG